ACCUGUCUUUCUCUUGAUCUCUGCCUACCCACUCAUAUUCGCAAUGGAGCCUAGCCUUCCCCCGGUGAUACCUUACGAGAAAACGCCUGGUCGACUCCGCAAUGACCUUUUGAACCGACUGCGUUGGGACAUCUUUGGUUCGCUGAAACACAUUCUGGUUAAGGAGAACGGAAUUGUUACGCCCUUCUCAGGUCACCACAUUGCGUCCUGGUCCUUGGCAGAUCCACCUUGUAACAAUCUCGCAGUCAACAUCGAUACAUGGGCUUAGCUACUUUGUGACCUCUCCAAGCUCGUGUAGAACGCCGAUUUGGAGGUUCUUGCACUUGUAUCAGCCUUGGCUGACUGC